AUGCAUUUCCUAGUUGGAAACAUUUUCCAAAAUUCAGUGGCUUUCUUACUUAUAUCUUUGGGUGCAAAGCCAAGAAGUGAGAGAUCAUGCAUUUGUAGGUUUCUGCCUUCAGCUUUCUUGAUGGUUGUAGUCCUGCUGGGGAGUGCAUUCAUAGUAUUGAAAUUCAAUGAGAAAUCAUCAUUUUCAACAGUCAAAAACAGUUUGCGGAGAAUAAAUGUCAAUUGCAAGAAUCUCAGAAGGCCUUAUGGAAGUGAACCAUUGCCUAGAGGUAUCGUCUCUGCAACUUCUGAUCUGGAAAUGCUGCCACUAUGGAGAACGCCUAAACAGCCUAACAUGAAAAGUGCAAAUUCCACAAUCAGCUUACUAGCGAUGGCGGUUGGGAUCAAGCAGAAAGAUCUAGUUGGUAAAAUGAUCAAAAAGUUCCUAUCAAGUGGUUUUGUUGUUAUGCUUUUUCAUUAUGAUGGUAAUGUUGAUGAGUGGAAGCAAUUUCAGUGGAGUGAUCGUGUUAUUCAUGUUUCUGCAGUCAAUCAAACAAAAUGGUGGUUUGCAAAGCGUUUCUUGCAUCCUGAUAUAGUUGCUGAGUAUAGUUACAUAUUCAUAUGGGAUGAGGACCUUGGAGUUGACAAUUUUAAUCCUCAACGGUAUGUGUCCAUAAUUCAAAGGGAAGGGCUGGAAAUAUCACAACCGGCACUUGAUUUUUCCAAGUCCGAGGUGCAUCACCUAAUUACUGCGCGCAUGAAAAGACUAUUAGUCCACAGAAGGAUUUACAAGCAUAAUCCAAAUGGUACUGGUUGCGAUGAAAACAGUAGAGCUCCUCCUUGUACCGGGUGGAUAGAAUUGAUGGCUCCAGUUUUCUCUCGAGUUGCCUGGCGCUGCGUAUGGUAUAUGAUCCAGAAUAAGUUGAUCCAUGCUUGGGGACUAGAUUUGCAGCUUGGCUAUUGUGCACAGGGUGAUCGAAUGAAGAAGAUUGGUGUCGUAGAUGCCGAAUACCUAGUCCAUUACGGCCUCCCUACAUUGGGAGCCAUAGAGUUGAUGUCAGUCUCCAAACGUGCAUGAACUCUUGAUGUCUUAACAUAAUGUAAUAUGAUCUCAUUGGACUUGCAAUCUAAUUUCAUGCAGGUGAGGAUGGAAUCCUUUAGAGAAAUGAAGAUGUUCCGACGAAAAUGGGAAAAAGCUGCAAAGAACGAUCAUUGUUGGAUUGAUCCCUACGCUGCUAACACUUAA